AACGAGUUGGUGAUGAGUGAGGAAGAGGCAGGGGGCGUUGUUUUUUUACAGCUCGACGUUGUCAACUCCGAAUCACUUCCGCGGUCAGGGAAGCAGAGGCGGAAGUGCCCUGAGACCACAGCCUGCUACGAGGAUGGCGGAGGAGGAGGACGAGGCCGGAUACGACGAGGAGUUGGACGACGGCUCCGGCGGGAUGGACGUCGGCGGCCACGGGAAGAGGAAGAGGCUCUUCUCCAAGGAGCUGCGCUGCAUGAUGUACGGCUUCGGGGACGACCAGAACCCGUACACGGAGUCCGUGGACAUCCUGGAGGACCUGGUGAUCGAGUUCGUCACGGAGAUGACUCACAAAGCCAUGUCCAUCGGCCGCCAGGGCCGCGUCCAGGUGGAGGACAUCGUCUUCCUGAUCCGCAAGGACCCCAGGAAGUUCGCCCGAGUCAAAGACCUGCUGACCAUGAACGAGGAGCUGAAGAGAGCCCGCAAAGCUUUCGACGAGGCGAACUAUGGCUCAUAAGCCCUGUUUCUGUUCCACCGGAGGGGUCGGGUGUCUCCUUUUGACGCGCAGUCCAAAGUCUGUUAUUUGUUACUUAUUCUUAUUUUCUAUCAUUCUAUGAUGGUGACGAACUAUGUAACCAUUUGGCACAAUGGUGUCUUCAAUUCAUCAAUAAAGAAACGUGCACGGUG